AAAGUACAAUAUUUCCCUCUAAGAUGUAGUGGAGUCGAAGGAUAAAGUAGCAUAACAUGUCAAUACUCAAGUACAGUACAAGUACCUCCUAAUUGUACUUACAUGUAAGUGCAGUAGUAUCUGUCUCCACCUCUCUGUCUGUCUGUCUGUCUGUCUGUCUAUCUGUCUCUCAGUGUGCAGCAGGUCAGGAUGGAGGUGGCAGCUCUCUCUCUGCUUCUGUUGCUGAACUCUCUGGAUUCUGGUUCUGCUCGAGUGUCUCUGACAGUUUCCCCUAAAAGAUCACAGUUCUUUAAAUACGACCGUUUCUCUGUGAGCUGUGAGGAAGAGGAGCAGAGGGAGGAAGAGGAGGCUGGUUGGAGAGUCAUGAAGAGGACGGAGGAUGGAGAGGUGCGUCCCUGUCCGUCCUCCUGCUUCAUCACUGCUGCCUUCCCCGCCACAGACAGCGGAGAGUACUGGUGUGAAACUGGACCGGGAGCGACCAGUAACACCGUCAACAUCACCGUCACUGCUGGCUCAGUGAUCCUGGAGAGUCCCGUCCUUCCUGUGAUGGAGGGAGACGACGUGACUCUGAGCUGCAGAACCAAGACGGCUUCCUCCAACCUCCCGGCUGGUUUCUAUAAAGAUGGCCUCCUCAUCAGGAUCAGCUCAACAGGAAACAUGACCAUCCACAGUGUUUCUAAAGUGGAUGAAGGACUCUACAAGUGUGAAGUCUCUGGAGCCGGAGGAUCACCAGACAGCUGGCUGACUGUCAGAGCACCACCUACAGGCCGGGAUCCUCCACCUCCACCUCCACCUCCAUCCUCCACCCUGCUGUUCGUGGUGCGUCACCUGGUGGUGGGCGCUCCCUACCUGCUGGCCACCAUCUUACUGGGACUCAUAUACAGAGACAGAGCGAGAGAGCAGCAUACCAGCAAAGCAUCUAAUGAUGUCAUAAUGGAAAUGGCUGCAUGAAAUCCCAAAACCAACAUGGCGACGACUUAAAACCAAGAUUGUGACGGCCAAAAACCAAGAUGGCGACGGCCA